AACAGACAACUGACUCAGUGUACAUUGUCAUAAAAACUGUUUAUACUUCACAGUCCUUAUAUUUGUGUAUGAGUGCUGUUUUUGUAUACAGUUAGUUCCUACUGAACCAUAUAUUUUAGAAAGUAUUUAAUCAUUGACUAUAAUUUGCAAUUAUCGUUUUAGUGGAGUGACCCUUUCGGCAUUGAAUUUUAAAACAAUAUAUUGUUGUGUUGUAUGCACAUAAUAGUUGUGCAUUUAAAAAGCGAUUGAUACCAAUCAAUAAUUACAAGUGUAGCGUUUGUUAAAUAUAUAAUGACAAAUGCUAUAUUACGGCAUUUAACAUAGAGCUAGCAUAUUCUCAAUCGUGUUUUUACAUGCUCUUUAAAACAAUACAAUUAUGGAUUUACCUUAAUGUCUUCUUUUUAAUGUCCAUGAUAUUUUGUGCAAUAUCAUGAAUUCUGUCAAAUAUUAUCAAUGCUGUAUUUGAUCUGAUUUGCGUUUAAGUGGGUCCUUUCAUCAUUUAUGAGUAUUGUGAGAACGGUACAUUAAAAGAGUAUCUGGUUCAAAACAAGUCCAACGUUACCAUUGAGAUCAAUUAGAUGCUCUUCCGCUUCGGAAUCGAAAUUGCUAAGGGCAUGGAGUACCUGGCUGGAAAGGGGAUAACUCACCGUCGCUUGGCGGCACGCAACAUCUUGUUGACCUUCUCGAAAGAGGUCAAGAUAUACGGCUUUGGACCACAACCUCAAGAGACAGGCGACGGAGAUGCAGAGAGCGAAAGGAAGGAGAGAAUUCCAAUCAAGUGGAUGGCACCCGAAUGCAUGACGUCAACGAAAGAUGCAGACGAGAAAAGUGACGUGUGGUCUUAUGGCGUGGUUCUCUGGGAAUUGUUUUCUAUGGGCGAAACACCAUUCGACAACGUGAAAAGCCGGGAUCUGCCAGACAGACUGAAGAAGAAUAUUCGUCUGCAAAAACCGGAGCGGUGUGAUAACGUGUGGUACGGCGUGAUGACCAAAUGCUGGGCGUACCAGCCGAAGGAGCGGCCUACGUUCACGGCAGUAAGAAAAGAGCUUGAUACCAUGUUUGUUGCCUCCCCUGGCGAUGAUUGCUACUAUUAUAAAUGCUAGCAGAGUAAUAGUCCUUGUGAGCGAGUACUUCAAGAAACGAUAUCAGAUAUAUUGACUUUGACAUACGACUUUUUAUACAAACUAUAGCAUCGGUAUCGUCCAUGUAAAGGGUUACUACAAUUGUUGUAUAGUGAUUGAAACGAAUUUUCUGUUUGAUUUGUGUUUUGAUUAGCCGCUUUUUUAUGUGUGAUUAUUCGAAAAAAGCAUCAAUAAAAUAUUAUUACGUCCUAAUUGUGCAUACGUUAAUUUUCAUUGAAAUCGUCAAGUACACGAAUAUAAAUGAUAACAUUUUGUUCUGAUAUCAGUUCUUAAAUAUUAUUGCAAUUUUAUAACGUUUCUUAAAAAGUUUCAAGUUAUGUAGGUCAAAAAGCAUUUAAUAUUACACAUUUUUCGUCAGUCUUUACAUACGUACGUCCCAAAUUAGGUGUACUCAAUACGUCCUUAACUGCUGAGUAGAUUUCGCUAAUACUUUCACAGGUGAUUGAUCUUCGUGUGAAAAUGAUAUCAAGCAAAAAUUUAUGCUGCAACAAAUGUUUUCGAAUUAUGAAUAUGUUCGCAUUGUCAUUCUACAUGUAUUAAUUAUGUAAAGUGAUGUGGUGGUAGCAAGUCCUCUUUAACUGAUCGAUAGAUGUUUCGGUUUCCAUGUGUUAUGUCUUCGACUGUUAGACAGUAACGAUUGUACAAAUAAACAUGUUUGUUCUGAAAUAAGAAUUGCAAAUUGUUAUUAAUGCUUUACGAAAAAUAAAAUGCAAACAUCAAA